AUAGAGGGAAGUAGAACAAAAAAUUUUUUGACACAGCGGCACUAAAAUCUUCAAAAAAUUCUUUUUGUUUUUAGUCCAAAAAUUAAUCCAUACAAAAUGGAAUUUCUAAUAAAAUAUAUUAGUUUAAUAUGUCUAUUAAUGUGUUAUGUCGAUGGUGUUAUGUUCAACUUGGCUCCAAACACACAAAAGUGUUUAAAAGAAGACAUCCAAGCUAACCAGCUGCUAAUGGGCGAGUACGAAGUUACUGAUGUUCCCGGCCAAACGAUCGAUUAUAUUGCAAAAGAUACCAAAGGACAUAUUCUAUCCCAAAAACAACACAUUACAAAGGGAAAAAUAAGUUUCACAUCGGAAAUCUACGACACUUAUGAAAUCUGUUUCACGUCCUCAGUACCGCCACAUCAACGUGGAGUCUCACAAGAAGUUUCAUACACCACAAAGAAAGGUGUCGAAACAAAAAGCUAUGAAGGAAUCGGUGAAGCAGCUAAACUUAAACCUCUCGAAGUGGAUUUAAGACGUCUGGAAGACUUAUCUGACUCAAUUGUUCGUGACUUUGCUUUGAUGCGUAAACGCGAAGAAGAAAUGCGUGAUACAAACGAAUCAACAAACAGCCGUGUAUUGUUCUUUAGCAUAUUCAGUAUGUGCUGCCUGCUUGGAUUAGCCACUUGGCAAGUGCUCUACCUGCGAAGAUAUUUCAAAGCAAAGAAACUCAUUGAAUAACUCUCCAUUUUCACUCCUGUGUCUGAACACAUUAUUUUCUGUUCUAACUCCAAAACACUUUAAGAUUAGAAAUCUAUUAUUUUUGUUUUAUUAUUUCUCUUUAAUUUUUCAUUUGUAAUAAAAUCGUCAACAAAGAAGUUACAAAAAAAAAAAAACGAAAAAAGUAAACAGAUUUUUGAUUCUAUUUUGGUUUUUGUUUGAUAAGAAGAACUUAUUCGUCAUUUUUUUAUCAAAGCUUAUCACAAAAUGUAUAUUCAAUGGCAAUGAUAUCUUAUCGACAAUUGUUUUUUGUAUGAAGUUUUUAUGACUGCGCUUUCCGAAUUCCUGUGAACUGGGAAGAAGGCAGUUGGAAAUAUUAAUUUAAACAAAACACUUGACUCAACUUCGCUCGGAAUGUUUGCAAAAUUAUUAAUAAUUAUUUCAGUUUUUCUGGGAAAUUCCCACGCAGCCUGGAAUGUAACUUGUGAUUUCGAUUUGGCAGGAAUUGAAGGUAUUAUUAAAUAUUUGCCAGUUGAGUGCCAAGAAAUAUAUAAAAAAGGAAAUGACUCUGAAUUAUAUCAAUCUUCAUUGGAUGAAUCUAGAAAUUUUGCAAAAUUUUACAAAAAUUUGGAAGAGUAUGAGAGACAAGAAAGUUCAACUACACCAAAUGAGAUACCAAAACAAAACACAACAUUAAGAUUUGAUAUUUAUAAUCGAACGAAAUUACACACCUGUGCUAUGGAAUUUGCAGAGAGAACUGAUCUGCCAACGGAAAGUGAUAAAGCUAAGGAAUAUUAUAAUUGUUUGUCUCUAAAGAGAGAUCAAAUGAUUGAAUUGAUUCCAAGAGAAGAAGAAGAGAUGUCGUGGGAUAUAGCAAACUAAAAAUUUUAUGUAGAGUUUUUCGAGAUAAUAUUACAAUUUCAUUCAUUAAAGCUCAACAAAUAAAUUUGUAUCUCUUUAUAAUAA